AUGAACGUUUGUAGAAUUUGUUUGUGCGACGAAAGCGAAGCUUUCGAUCGAAUUCUCGUGGACAUUUUCCAGCAGAGCAGUGAAGCACAGAACCGCAAGUUCUGCAUCCCGGCCGCUCUACAAGCAAUAUGUGGAAUAGAGCUCUCAGAAUCGGACACCAGUCCAAGACUAGUCUGCUUGGAGUGCCGAUCUCGGCUCGAGGAAGCCUUCAACCUUAGGCAGCUUGCCCGGCGUUCUCACGAAACGCUGGCCGCCAAAAGCUUGAUCGCGGAGGAUGAAGCGGUCAAGGCAAAGCCGGAAGUCCCCGAGGUAAAGCUGGAUCUGAGCGACGUGGACGAUGAAGAGGAAGCUUCCCCGGAUGAGGUGCUCAUCUGCUGCGGCUGCAAUUUUACGUGCGUUGACGAGCGGGAACUAAUGGACCACUCGAAGCAGGUUCAUUUCCCGGGGGCGCCCGUUGAUCCACCGCGCAACAAAGCGUUGUGCAUGGUUUGCUAUUCGCUGUUUGCGAGCGAGCAGAUUUUGGAAGCCCACUGGAGUGGGAAGAUUGGGGGACGGGUGGUUCGGAUUUGUCCCCGGUGCGAGUGCCGAUUUGGGAGCAAGGAGCGCUAUGAGGAGCACACGUGUAAGGGUGAGACGAGGGAUUUGUUUCGGUGCUGUGGAUGUGAGUUCCAAACCGGAAAAGAGAACAAGUACAAGUGGCACACCAAGGGCCACCGGGACGUCGAGCGGAAAACUCGGAACGAGGAGCUGGUGAAGUCGCAUCCGAUUCGGUGUUCCGUUUGUGCUGGGCGAUUCAAGACGAAGGAGGAACUUACGAGGCAUCGGGAGGAUCAUCGAAAUCAAACGAAGAAAAGAUCGAAAGUGGUUGUUGAGGAAUCGGUGGAUUUGGAGCUUGCGUGCUGUGGGUGCUUCAAGGUUUACAAGACUGUUGAGGAGGUGAAGGAACAUCAGCAGCAAGUUCACGCACCGGAACGGGAAGCGGCGAGUGCAAAUGGGUCUGAAUGCGGAAACUGUUACAAGCGCUUCUUAAACGUGAGUCAACUCAAGAAACACACUAUCGAAUUGAGACGGAGAUUUGCGUGCAGCAAGUGUCCGGCAAUGCGCAAUUCGAUUCAGGACAUGCUCCAGCAUUUGGCUUCUCACGAUGGGCCAAAGUCGUACUGGUGCUGUGGGUGUCGGUUGCACCGAGAGCGGUUCGAUACGCCGGAAGAGCUUGAACGACACAGCCAGGAGAUUCACGCCAACCAGCCCAGGUUUUACCACAAGGUGGACAACGUUGAGGAGGCGCGUCCGUUCGAGUGCAAGACCUGCUACCGGAGGUACCCGAGCGAAAUGCGUCUGCGAGUGCACAUGGUCGCAACGUACGAAGAGGAGAGUUUUGUGUGUGACACGUGCGGAAAGGCAUUUUCCCGAUUUCCAGCAUUUGACACACACUUGGCCUUGCACAAAGAAGCUACCGAUUAUCCCUGCCCGAUUUGUUCGAAAGCGUACAAGCACGAAAGACAGGCCCGAGGCUGUGAGCUGCGACACAUAAAGCAAGCCACCGCGGAGUACGUGUGCAAGAUUUGCGGCGGUAAAUUUGCCAACAGUUCCAACCUGUACUCGCACAUGAUCUCCCACACGGAAGCAACCCGGUUCAGCUGCUCCAUCUGCGGAAUGCGUUUCAAGCGAAAAAUGGGCCUCCGCUCGCACAUGGUUUUACACGGAAGUACGCGUAACUUUGCCUGCCAGUACUGUCCGUCCCGGUUCCACACGGCAAGCACGCUGGAAAAACAUAUGAUCCAACACACCGGCAUCUUUCCGUACGAGUGCGAUUUCCCGGGUUGUGGUCAGAAGAUCCGCGCACGACUAAAAUACAUCCAACACAUUGAGUCGCACGUGGACGAUUCCGAGCGGCUGUUUGGCUGCCACCUGUGUGAGCAACGUUACAGCCGGGACCACUUUUUGUCCCAACACUUGAAGUACGCGCACCAGAUCGAACCGCAGGACAAAAGUUGGAAGGCCAAAUUCAAUCGCCAAAGCCAGCCGGGGAUUCGACGCACUUCGGGGCAGAUUGAGGACGGAGAAGACGACGAGGAAAUGACAGUUGAGUACAUCGAGCAGGAUAUGGAAUAAAUUUGAACUCUGAUUUAAA